AUGAAAAACAUUGGGCGCGGCACUGGUUUCCUGCAGCUUCCAAAUACGGUAUUGAAAUCUGAUUGGUAUACCGUUAUUUCAAACUGGUUUUUUAUUGCAAAAGGGAAUUGUAUUAAAUUCGAUGUUUCUAUUUCUGCGAUAAUUUCUCAAGCUAGAAAAGUUUGGAAUCAGAGGUCUAUGCAGAAUCAGACGUUGCCAUUUCCAGGAGGCACGACGACAGCAGAAGUCCCAAAAGGACAUUUUGCAGUUUAUGUUGGAGAACUAAAUAAGCACCGUUUUGUGGUUCCUAUUUCCUAUUUAAAAGACCCUUUGUUCCAAGAUUUGUUGAGGCGUUCGGAGGAAGAGUACGGGUUUGAUUACCCCGCAGGUUGUCUAUCCAUCCCAUGCAGUGAAAAUGCAUUCUUGGAUGUUACGUGUCGUGCGAAGGUUUUACAACAAAAAUAA